UUGACAGAUAUGACUUUUAACGUUUGAUUUAAACCUAGAAACAAAUAAGAAAAAAAGAAAGGGAAAGAUAUAGUGAAAGAAGGGAGAGGAAAGUUUUCCAGGAGAAAGGAGACCCUAUUCUUCAAAGACAUAUUCCUCGUUUCUCUAACUUCCUUUCUUCUCUCUUUAUUCUCCCUUCAACAAUCGUUUUGUAAUAAUCUUUAUUCUCCCUUCAACAAUCGUUUUGUAAUAAAAACGAUUGUUGUAGGGGGGAUUUCUUUGACCCUUCAUUCAUAUUCUUACGUCCGACAGCCAACGAGGAAGGAACACGAAAUUCCCAAUGGCCCCAAGCAAGAUCAGAAGAGCCAUCGGUCAUGUGAAAGACCAAACCAGCAUAAGCCUGGCCAAAGUGGGCAGCAGCAGCUCAGUUUCCGACCUUGAAGUGGCCAUUGUCAAGGCAACAAGGCACGAAGAAUACCCAGCAGAGGAAAGACACAUUCAAGAAAUCCUGAGUUUAACCUCCUACUCGCGUGCCCACAUCAGCGCCUGUGUCAAAACCCUCUCCAAACGCCUCAACAAGACCCGCAACUGGACCGUCGCCCUCAAAACCCUCAUGCUUAUCCAACGCCUCCUCUCCGAAGGCGAUCCUGCCUAUGAACAAGAGAUUUUCUUCUCCACUCGCCGCGGGACUCGCAUCCUCAACAUGUCGGAUUUCCGCGACACUUCCCAAUCCAAUUCCUGGGAUUUCUCUGCCUUCGUGCGUACUUACGCGCUGUACCUGGAUGAAAGACUUGAAUACAUGAUGGAAGGCAGGUAUGGUGGAAGACGAAGCAUGUAUGGUUACAAUGAUGAAGAUCAUGAAGAUAACGAGGACUCCUCUGUUGUCCGAUCCAUACCUAUUGCUGAGUUGAAGAACGAGCAAUUGUUUCCAAAGUUAUUGCAUUUGCAACAGCUUCUCGACCGCUUCUUAGGAUGUCGUCCAAUAGGUUCAGCAAAGGACAACAGGGUGGUCAUCGUGGCUCUUCAUGCAAUAGUUAAAGAAAGUUUCCAAAUAUAUUACGACAUAACGGAAAUAUUAGGGGUUUUAAUCGAUCGUUUCAUGGAGCUUGAUAUCUCUGAUUCCAUAAAAAUCUACAAUAUAUUCUGCCGCGAAAGAAAACAGUUCGAUGACCUCGAAAAUUUCUACUCAUGGUGCAAGAGCAUCGGCAUUGCACGAUCUUAUGAUUAUCCCGAAAUCGAGAAAAUCACCCAGAAAAAGCUCGACCUUAUCGAUGAAUUUAUCCGCGAUAAAUCUGCAUUGGAACAAGGGAAGAAAAUUAGUGAUGAAUCGGGAUUCGUUAAAGAAACAGACUCAUGUGAAGAAGAAGAUAUGAACGCCGUUAAAUCGUUGCCAGAACCAGAGCCUGUUGAAAAGGAAGAACCAGAACCUGAGAAAGAAGAGGAAGUAGAUAAUUCGAAAGCUUUAGUUGUUGAACCAAAGGGUGAUCUAUUGGACCUCGCAGAGGACGCAAUAUCCAGUCAAGAUUACGGAGACAAAUUGGCGUUGGCUUUGUUUGAUGGUUAUGCACCAGCCGCUGUCGGUACUCCGUCAUCGGGUCCAGGAUGGGAAGCUUUCAUGGAUGAUGCUGAUUGGGAAUCAGCUUUGGUUCAAUCAGCGAGCAACUUAACCAAACAAAGAGCGACACUCGGUGGUGGGUUCGACAUAUUAUUGCUUGACAGCAUGUACCAACAGGGCAACACCAUGGCGGCCAUGGCUUCAUCGGGUUAUGCCGCCAGUGGAAGUACUAGCAGCUUUGCGUUUGGUUCAUUAGGAAGACCGGCGAUGCUUGCCUUACCGGCACCACCGUCAUCUAAAAACAUAGGAAACACCGUCGUUGAUCCGUUCUCGGCGUCUCUGACGGUGGAGCCGCCUUCGUAUGUGCAAAUGUCAGACAUAGAGAAGAAGCAGAGGUUUUUGGUGGAGGAGCAAGCGAUGUGGGAUCAAUACAGGAGGGAUGGAAUGCAAGGGUAUAGUUCAAUGUCGAAAGUACACAAUUACUCUUACAGCCCAGGGUACACGCCAUGGCAUGGUUAUUGAAGCUUUGGUUCAAUCGACCCAUUUAGAUUAGUUACCAUAGCGGUUAUUUAGUGAUCUAUAUUCGGAUAACAAAGCAUCAAUAGCGAAGAUGUGAAAAUUAAGAGAAAACAAAAAAAAAAAAAAGGUCUUUGAAGAUGUAAAAGUGUACCCUAUUCACUCCUUAUUUGAAUGACAUUUUACUUUUAUACUUGAUGGGCAAA